UUCUUUUUGAUGUUUUAGGGUUUUGGGUUUGGCGCGAACCCUAGGAGCUCGGUGAGCGAUGGCGACCGUGCCUGUGAAUCCCAAGCCGUUUCUCAAUGAGCUCACGGGGAAGGCCGUCAUGGUUAAGCUCAAGUGGGGCAUGGAGUACAAAGGGUUCUUGAUCUCGGUCGAUUCUUACAUGAAUUUGCAGCUGGGCAAUACGGAAGAGUUCAUCGAUGGGCAGUUCGCAGGAAAUCUGGGCGAAGUGCUGAUAAGGUGUAACAAUGUACUCUAUCUUCGUGGAAUUCCGGAAGAGGAAGAAGGCUCUCAGUGAGAAUGGAAGAUGGUGUAAGAAUUUUGCUUGACAAAAUUUUUCCAAGCUAAUCUUUUUAGUUCCAAGUGUUUGAUUGUUUUCAAA